AUGUCAAAUGUUUUUGUGUCGAUCAAGUUCUGCGAAGCUCAGUUGUUGCUCUUGUUCAGCAGGGAUAACGCUGAGUUGUCCCAGCGCUCAGUUGGUCCCUUGGGCGCUCUUCUGACCCUGCACCCGUUUCGGAAACAAAAAGAGGAAGUUCUGGCGACAGAGUGUCGCGUGCCAGCAGCAGCACCAGCCGGAGUCAAAGUCGUCACUGACGAGGAAUCCAAGUUCGACUGCAUCGCUCGACUCACGGGCCUGUGUCGACGAGCCGCGACGUCGCUGGCGGCGGCAGCGGCAACGGCGUCGCGAGUCGCCUCUUCUUCUUCCUCUUCUUCCUCUUCAACCCCAUCUCCUCCACGACCGCCACAACAACAACAGCAGGUCGCUGCUCAAGUUGUGGUUCUGCCGGGGGAAGUUGUCGACGACGUCACAACGACGACGGGUGAAGAAGGCAGCGGGGGUGGCGGCGGUGGUGGCGGUGAUCAAGAGCAGCAGCUGCGGACGACGGCGACGAGUUCCAUUGACAUGGCGUCUUCCAAGGUGGCGAGGAGGCGGCAGGGGAGUUUGCCCAAAGAGCCGCCGCCGGUGAAUGACGACGACGUGUCCAGAGAGUACACUGUGGACAACUUUGAGAUCGUCAAGACGAUAGAUUUCUCUGCUGUGGAAGGGUCAUUUUGA